AUGGGUGAAUUUGAAGCACACUGUUCUGCUUUUCCUUGCCGUCUUGGCGACCUGAUCCGACCCGUGAUCUGCCCAAGGGAGAGCCUCUACAUCCUCACCAUAGCCGCCGAGCUUGAAUUGAGAAGAAGCAGGGGCCAGGAGGUGCUGCCGCCAUUGUUAGUGGUGGUUAGGGGUCUUUUGAUUGGGAUUCAAUUGUUGUUGGCGGAGCUCGACUUCAAUCCCACCACCGGGAAGCUCGUGGUAUCUGCGGCAUCGGUAGGGAUGGGUGAAUCGGGGAGAUCGAUGAAGGUUUGCAGGCUUGAGGGCGGCGAUGAGGGAAAGUGGAAGGGGAUGGACGACGUGAUUACGCUUAUUUUGGUUCAUGGAGGUGCUAUGGACAUGUCUGGUGUGGUUCCGAAGUAUGUUGGUGGUGUGGAAGACGUCAUUGACAUUCAUCGUGAUGUCUUGUCUUACUUCGAGAUUACGAAGACCCUUAUUGAAGAUUUGUCCUAUCUAUCGGUUGAAAGGGUUUGGUACUUGACCCCGGGGGAAGACAUGGCUACUGGAUUGCACGAAGUUCACUCUGAUGUGGAAGUCAUGACCUUACUUACAGAUGCUGAGAAAGGAGAUUUGAGGGUCUACUUCGAGGCAACUAAAGACAUUGGUGAGUUUGGCUAUAUGGGUGACAACUAUGGUCAUGAUCCUCAAGGAUCGGAAGAGGAUGGUGAGCAGUCGGCUGUGCCUGAGUUUCUGCGAGGGCUUGUGGAGGCGCUCCAAACAUGCUUGCCAAUGGCAGAGCACAGGAAAUGUGCUCGCCAUAUUCACUCCCAUUUCCGAGAGAAGCAUAAGACAGCAUUAGCAACUGACCUCUACUGGGAGGCUGUAUAUUCGUUGAAUGAGCCUGAUUGGAGGUCUGCGGUGCUGCGAAUGCGUGAGCUAGGAGGUUCUGAAUAUAGAGAUUUCAUGAAUUUUGAACCAGAGCACUUCUGUCGGGUUUUUAUGAAGACUUUCUCCAAAAGCGAUUCAGUUGAGAGCAACAUAUGUGAAUCCUUCAACAAUUGGAUAUUGCGGUUCAGGUCACUGAGAGUUAUUGCAAUGCUGGAGGGGAUUCGUGUUUCAGUUAUGACUCGGCUGGCACCAAGAAGAAGGAAGAAAGGACGUUGCUCUAAGUGUGGAUCCGAGCACCAUAAUGCAAGGACUUGUCCAAUGAAUUUUGGAAUUCAGGCUCCUCAUGUAGGUUCCCAAAGUAGACGUGUGACUGAUCGAGAAAUGCAAAGGGCUAUGCAAGGGAUAGGAACAUAUAUUGAUGAGAAUACAGGGAACAUGUACGCUAGGCUUAGCGCCCGCGUUCCAGGUCCUCGUGGUGCACAACAAACUGAACCGGAUCAGCCUCCUUUCAAUAGCACACAGCCUCCGACGACUCAACCGGAGACACCUUAA